UGUCCUGCAGCCUGUUCUCCCGGCUCCUUCAAGCCUGAUGCUUCAGAUAGAUCGUGUACCCAGUGCCCCCUGCACACUCUGCCUUCCCCUGAGGGUGCCACGAUCUGUGAGUGUGAAGAGGGCUAUUUCCGAGCUGCAGAGGACCCUGCAUCCAUGCCCUGUACCCGCCCUCCCUCUGCCCCUCACCACCUCACUGUCAUUGGCUUGGGGGCCAAGGUAGAACUUCGUUGGAAGGCUCCCCAAGACACAGGGGGUCGGGAAGAUAUCACCUACACUGUUACCUGUGAGCAGUGCUGGCCCGAGACCGGGGAGUGCCAGCCCUGUGAGCCCACUGUGCGCUACUCACAGCCUCCCCAUGGACUGUCUGGCAACAGCCUGAUUGUCAGUGACCUGGAGCCCCACAUUAAUUACACCUUCGCUGUGGAAGCCCGGAAUGGUGUCUCAGGCCUUGUGGCCAGUCGGAGUUUCCGGACAGCCAGUGUCAGCAUCAACCAGACUGAGCCCCCCAAGGUGAAGCUAGACAGCCGCAGCACAACCUCCCUGAGCGUGUCCUGGACUAUACCUCUGAGGCAGCAGAGCCGUGUCUGGAAAUACGAGGUCACCUACCACAAGAAGAAAGACACCAACAGCUAUAAUGUUCGCCGCACUGAGGACUUCUCCAUGACUCUGGAUGACCUGGUGCCAGGCACCACCUACCUGGUCCAGGUCCAGGCCCUAACUCAGGAGGGCCAGGGUGCUGGCAGCAGAGUCCACGAGUUUCAGACCCUCUCCACUGAAAGCUCAAGCAACGCGGCCGUGAUUGGUGGCAUCUUGGGGGGCCUGGUCCUGCUCCUGACCUUGGCCCUGGCGGGGCUUUUCAUCCACCGAAGGAGGAAGAACCUGCGAGCUCGACAGUCAUCGGAGGACGUCUAUUUCUCCAAGUCAGAACAACUUAAGCCCCUGAAGACCUAUGUGGACCCCCACACCUAUGAGGACCCCAACCAGGCUGUGCUGAAAUUCACCACGGAGAUCCACCCCUCCUGUGUCACUCGGCAGAAAGUGAUUGGUGCAGGUGAAUUUGGGGAGGUUUUUAAAGGGUCACUGAAGGCUUCGGGGAAGAAGGAAGUGCCUGUGGCCAUCAAGACCCUCAAGGCAGGCUACACCGAGAAACAGCGGGUAGACUUCCUGAGCGAGGCCAGCAUCAUGGGCCAGUUCAGCCAUCACAACAUCAUCCACCUGGAGGGAGUUGUCUCCAAAUAUAAGCCCAUGAUGAUCAUAACAGAGUACAUGGAGAAUGGUGCAUUGGACAAAUUUCUCCGGGAGAAGGAUGGAGAGUUCUGUGUGAUCCAGCUGGUGGGCAUGCUCCGGGGCAUCGCAUCGGGCAUGAAGUACCUAGCCAGCAUGAACUAUGUGCACCGGGACCUGGCCGCCCGCAACAUCCUGGUCAACAGUCAGCUGGUGUGCAAAGUGUCUGACUUUGGACUCUCCCGGGUCCUGGAGGAUGACCCCGAGGCCACCUACACAACCAGCGGUGGGAAGAUCCCCAUUCGAUGGACGGCGCCCGAGGCCAUCUCCUACCGCAAGUUCACCUCAGCCAGUGAUGUAUGGAGCUACGGGAUUGUUAUGUGGGAGGUGAUGAGCUAUGGAGAGCGGCCUUACUGGGAGCUGUCCAACCAUGAGGUGAUGAAAGCCAUCAAUGAGGGGUUCCGGCUGCCGGCACCAAUGGACUGCCCCUCUGCCAUCUACCAGCUAAUGAUGCAAUGCUGGCUGCAGGAGCGCACAAGGAGGCCCAAGUUCCCUGACAUUGUUAGCAUCCUGGACAAACUCAUCCGGGCCCCAGAGUCCCUCAAGACCCUGGCAGACUUUGACCCCAGGGUGUCCAUCCGACUGCCCAGCACAAGCGGUUCUGAGGGCAUCCCCUUCCGUACUGUGUCCGAGUGGCUCGAGUCCAUCAAGAUGCACCAAUACACAGAACACUUCAUGUCAUCAGGCUAUAAUGCCAUCGAGAAGGUGGUGCAGAUGACCAAUGACGACAUCAAGAGAAUCGGGGUCCGCCUGCCUGGCCACCAGAAACGAAUUGCCUACAGCCUCCUGGGUCUUAAGGAGCAAGUGAACACCGUGGGGAUCCCCAUCUGAGUGGAGCUGCCCUAUGUGGGACAGGAGGAUGGGCCCAGGGAGGAAGGAUGUUCCUGUCCCCCCGAGACCCCUCCAUUCUCCUCCACACGUGGAAAAUACUUGAAGAAACUCAGAAUGAAAACAAACCAUGGCCUCCUCCCUCCUGGAGGAAAACUGGCUGCUACGUACGUAAGGAGGGCGCUUCGCCAUCUUCCGGGCCUCUGCAUUAUUACUGGACCCCGGGUCUUGGUCACGGAUGCUGCCCCGCAUCUCUGUACAGGGGCUUCCUAAGGCCUCGCUUGGGGGUGUCUGAUGCUCCUCCGCCAGGCCAGAUUACUACCCGGGGCCACAGCCCAUUGGAGGCUUCUCUUCAGACUGAGAAAGGGCCUCGGCCUCGAUGGGCAUCAAGCACUUAAACGUACCUUUGGGGAAAACAAACCCAUUAACUCUUGGGGCAUUUUCAAAACUGCUUUGUGGGCUUCUUUUGCCCAUAAGGCAGUGGGGAGGGGUGGUCCAGGUCUAGACCAUCACCAUGGGGAAAAGGUACCCCAUCCCCAUUCACUCUUUAUAAGAGAACCGAGCCUGGACUCUUGAAAAGUUAAAAACCCAAACAGCACCAUGGAGACCAGACCACAGACGGAUGGACAGACCGACCAAGGAGCCUGGGUGUCCCUCUCCCUCGUCCUCUCCCAUCCUCUGUAAUUUGGACCAUCCUUUCCCACUCCCCCCCCCCCCCCAUCCUCCAGCCCAAAGUACUGUUGGGCUGUGGCCUGGAAGGUUUUCAUUGGGUGGUGUUUUUAUUUUAUAUAUUUUGUACUUCGUAGAGAGUGUGUUUGUGUGGGACCCUGCUGGGGGGGUGGGGAGACAGUGGGGGGA